AAUGUGAUCUUAUUCCAUAAUCAGGAAUAAUACUAAUUGAAUUGUUGUUUUCUUUUGUUUAUCCUAUAUUGUGGUUUCUGGUGCAUGGUUUAUUAUACUUAAGAAAUUCAUAUUAUACCGAAAAAAAUUCUGAAAAAAGUACAAUGGAUUUAUAAAUUUAACUAUGGGUUAGACUUGUGUCAGUUGAUUCAAAUGAUUUUUUGACAAAUCUAAUCCUCAUGGAUCUUACGGAAUGGCAAUUUAUUAUUUAUUAUUGGUGAUAAUUUUAUUUGGAUUAUAUAUUACUCCAUCUUACACUACAUGGUGGUUUAUUAGCCAGUUGCCCUUACAUGCUGUAGGGGCAGGUAUUUUGUGUGACAAUAUUCCUGGUCUUGUGGGGCGACAACGACGACUAUGUCGUCUACAUCCUGAUGUUAUGGUAAACAUAGGACAGGGUGCAAGACUUGGUGUUUUAGAAUGCCAAGAACAAUUUCAAAAUCAUAGAUGGAACUGUACUACUUUAGACCGGGAUUCUUCCGUUUUUGGCAAAAUCAUGUUGAAAGUAGGAAGCCGGGAAGCAUCGUUUGUCUAUGCCAUAUCUUCAGCAGGUGUUGUCCAUGCAGUAACAAGAUCAUGCAGCAGAGGUGAUCUGAUGCAGUGUGGUUGUGAUCCCUCAAAAUCUGGGCGUGGUCGAGAUAAACGAGGAUGGUUUGAAUGGGGUGGAUGUAGUGAUAAUGUACGAUGGGGAAGUCAGUUUUCUAGAAUGUUUAUUGACGCAAAAGAAAAAAGAAUACGAGAUUCUAGAGCUUUAAUGAAUUUGCACAACAACAGAGCUGGUCGGAGGGCUGUCAAAAAAUUUAUGAAACUGACUUGUAAAUGUCAUGGUGUAAGUGGUGCAUGUACUAUUCGAACUUGUUGGCUUGCCAUGCAGUCUUUUAGACAUGUGGGCAAAUAUCUCAGACUUAAAUAUAAUGGUGCAACACAAGUCAUGAUAGACCAAGAUGGCUCCGGUCUUAUUGUUGCUAACAGAAACCAUAAAAGACCAACCAGACGGGAUCUUGUGUAUCUGGAAGACUCACCAGAUUACUGUGAGACCGAUAUAGGAAUGGGAUCUCUUGGCACUGAAGGAAGGGCUUGUAAUAAAUCGUCACUAGGCACAGACGGGUGUGACAUUAUGUGUUGUGGAAGGGGUUACUAUUCACAAUCAGUCACAAUAACAGAAAAAUGUGAAUGUAAAUUUCACUGGUGUUGUACAGUAAAAUGUAAAGAAUGCAGUAAAAGAAUGGAGAUACAGACUUGUAAAGGACCAGAACUAAAUAAAAACACAAAACAAAGUUCCAGAGUUAGGACAAAAAUGCGCUAUUAUUGACUUUAGUCUUAAAGGCUCAAAAAAGCGAAUUGUGAUCAGAAUGAUGUAUUUAUUUGUUGAAGAUUGUGAAUAUAAAAUGAAGAAGUUUAAGCUA